CCCAUCUGCAAGUGGAAUAUUCCAUCGCAAAGCAUAGCGGGAAGUCACAAAAUGGCGGACAUUGCGAAAUUGGAUCUGUAUGGUUUGUUAGAAAUCGACCCCAGCGCCGACGAUAAAGAGAUCAAGAAGGCCUACAGAAAGAAAGCAUUAAAAUGCCAUCCUGACAAGAACCCAGACAACCCAAAAGCAGCUGAACUCUUCCACCAGCUGUCAAAAGCACUUGAAGUCCUCACAGAUGUCGCUGCUAAGGCAGCAUAUGAUAAGAUCUUAAGGGCCAGGAAACAAAAUGAAAUCAGGAACAGACAUCUUGACAGCAAGCGAAAGAAAUUCAAGGAUGAUCUUGAAGUGAGGGAACAGGCAGCUGCCACAGAAAAAGCUGCAGACUUCACAGCUGCAAGAGACUUGGAGGCAGAGAUUAAAAGAUUACGAGAAGAAGGAUCCAGACAGCUGGAGGAGGAAAGGGAGCGUCUAAGACAACAGCUGGAGAUGGAGAAGGAAGAUGAAGCACAAUCAACUGAAGUAGAAACACCCAAACUGAAGGUGAAGUGGAAGAGUAAGAAGGGAGAUGAGACCAAUGGAGGAUAUUCAUACGACUUCCUUAUGAGCUGCUUUAGAAAGUAUGGAGAUGUAUUGAAUCUGCUGGUUUCCAGUAAGAAAAACGGCAGUGCAGUUGUGGAGUUUGCUGAGCAGCAGGCUGCAAUAAUGGCAGUGGAGAAUGAGGUCGGAAAUCCCAGCAACCCCUUGCGACUGUCCUGGUUGACGGGGAAACCAGUGGAGGGCCGACACCCGGCAACACAUGCUGCAGCUGCACCAACACCUGUUGUAGCCAGCAGGUGGGAUACACAGACACCUCCAAGGUCGGAGACAUCUUCAGCCACAUUGAGCGACCAAGACUUUGAAAACCUGGUUCUUAUGAGGAUGAGACAAGCCCAGGAGAGGAAGAGACUGGCAGAGCAGAUGCAGGCAGAAGAUGAAGAAGAGGAAAAAAACAGCUGACAAGGGGGCAAUGUCAUGUCUUAGUAGACCUUUUAACACUAACUAAAACAGUUCAGUUGUAUAAGUUUAGAACUAAAGCUCUGAAAAAUGUCUUUUUAAUAGUCCCAAUAGACAGAUAUCUUUAUUAAAUGAACAAGAUUCUGAAGACAUGUGAAAAAGACAAACUCAUAUUUUUCCUCAUAGUUCUGUUGAAGAUGUACCCCAAUAUAUGGGUAGAUAAUACUGUUAAAACAAGUCUUGUGACCAUCGGUACUGCUCAUAAUUUAUGACAAGUCUCCUAUUUGUACAGUAGGUUUUGUGUAAUGUUAUUUUUGGAAGUUUUGUAUAACAUGUAAGGCAUGCAAUUAAAGACUUUUUAUCCGUCA